AUGGCCAACAACACGAACUUCGUUGGACUGCCUGUCAUUCCCCCGAACGAUCCAAGUCUUAAUGCGAAAGAUCCAAAGCCAAGGAGUAUCCGUCAACUUUUUGAGGCUAGGGAGCAAGCAGAGGGCGCGGGAGCUACAGUUCGCAGAACCAUCGGUACACCGAAACUGAGGAACUUCACGCCGUUCUUGAUGAUGGACAACUUCGAUGUUGCGAUUGGAGCGGGUUUCCCAGACCACCCACACAGGGGCCAAGAGACAAUCACGUACUUAUUGAAGGGAGGUGUCGAUCACGAAGACUUCGCUGGAAACAAAGGCACUCUCUACAGUGGCGACCUGCAAUUCAUGACUGCAGGCCGUGGGAUUGUGCAUGCAGAAAUGCCUCACGACAACGGCGACGGAAGCUCUAACAACGGAAUACAACUUUGGGUCGACCUGCCUAAAGACCUCAAAUCGUGCGAACCCAGAUACCGCGACCUCCGAGCGAACGAAAUCCCCAUCGCCAAAACCGACGACGGCCUCGUCACAGUCAAAGUCAUCUCCGGCCAAAGCCUCGGCGUAGACAGUCUCCAAGAACUCGCCUACACCCCAGUCUGGUUCCUCGACGUGGAGAUCAAGCCAGGUGGUAAGCUCGUGCAGCCUCUGCCAGCCGGCUGGAACUCGUUCGCAUAUACCCUGGAGGGCACGACGACGUGGGACACCGGUGCUACAUCUCAGGAGGUGCCUAAGUAUCACAACACAGUGUUUGAGCAGAAGGGCGAUCAAGUCAUUGCCUCGGUGCCGGCGGAUGCGAAGGAAAACGCGAGGUUCGUUCUUGUGGCGGGUAUGCCGCUUGAUCAGCCGAUUGUUCAGUAUGGUCCAUUCGUUUUGACGGACCCGAGUCAAGUGAGGCAGGCCAUGAUGGACUAUAGCACCUACUCGAAUGGAUUCGAGAGGGCAAAUGGAUGGGAGAGUGAGAUUGGAAAAACAAUGGCUUAG